AUGGCCGAUGUUGAGAUCCCCAGACCCGAGGAGCCACAAACUCCUAGAACUCCUCACCAGGGUGUUCGCACCAAUGGUCGUGCUUUCAACUCCGCCAAUUGGCGUAUGAAGGGCGAAGAAAGUCCCCAGCCCGCAUCUCCCUCCUCCCCACGAACCAACACCUCUCGUUCUGCCUUUAGUCGGCCUGGAUCCCAUGUCCCUCAAGCGAUCUCCGAUGGCCGUCGCCUGUAUGUCGGUAACAUGCCGUACACAGCUAAGCUGGAAGAUGUGCAGGCACUCUUCACCGCCGCUCAAUUCCCCAUCGAGCGUAUCGAUAUUGCCAUUGACCCAUUUACCGGACGGAACCCAUCGUACUGCUUCGUCGACCUGAAAACAAAGGAGGAUGCGGAGCGCGCCAUGACCGAUUUGGAUGGCAAGGAUAUUCUGGGCCGUCCCGUUAAGAUCAAGCCUGGUGUCGCCAAGUCUCCAGCAGAACGUGCCAAUGAGCAGCAGCAGCAGCAGCAACAACAGUCGCAGCAGCCACAACAGCAACGAUCACCGUUUUCAAUGGACCGAUGGCGUCGUCAGGAAGGCGAGAGCCUUGCCAAAGCCAACAACUUCGAUUCUAGUAAACGCGUAUACGUGGGUGGAUUACCGCGUGUGGCCGAGCCUGAGGAUUUGGAGACGAAGAUCAAGGUUUUCUUCCAAGGAUAUAAUGUGGAGAAUGUCAGCAAGCUGUUCACCCCACACCCAGCUAAGAGAUUCGAGCCUGGCGAGCAUUAUUACUUGUUCGUGGACUUCAGCAGUGUCGAAGAAGCUCAGCGGGCCAUGGACACCCUCAGCGGCCAACAAGGACCAUGGGGUGGACCGAUCCGCGUUCAGCGGGCGCGGGGCACAACGACCAAGCCCGAGGAGCGCAAUGGAGCAGAAAACGUAUAG